GAUGCCAAGGCUGCGGGAGAAGCGUGCACUUUAACUAAAAACACAAGUGAGCCAUCGAAAAGAAGCAGAAACUGACCAAACAAGUUCUCAGCAGGCAGGAAACACAAGGUAAAGACAAAAGAAGUAGUGAUGGAGCACUCCAAGCAGACACAGUACAGCUCAAACGAGAAGAAAGACAGCGGCUCCGUGCUGAACAGACACUUUGACGGGAUGGUGAAGCGGUCAGCCGGCGGCACCGCGCGCGCCGCAGCUGCCCAGCCUCCGGGCGCGGAGUCUGGCUCGCACCGGCCGGUGAUGGAGAGCUGGAGGGAGGAUCGCACCAGGAGCGUGGAGGACAACGAGAUGAGCCUGCCGUCCCUGGCCGCAGCUUACACCACCAUCCUGCGGGGGCUCGGGGAGGACCCGCAGCGGCAGGGGCUCCUCAAAACCCCCUGGAGGGCAGCCACCGCCAUGCAGUUCUUCACCAAGGGCUACCAGGAGAAAAUUAUCGACGUGCUGAACGACGCCAUCUUCGACGAAGACCACGACGAGAUGGUGAUCGUCAAAGACAUCGACAUGUUCUCCAUGUGUGAACAUCACCUGGUGCCCAUCUUUGGCAGGGUUCACAUUGGUUACCUGCCCAACAAGAGAGUCCUGGGCCUCAGUAAGCUGGCCAGGAUUGUUGAAAUCUACAGCCGUCGCCUACAAGUUCAGGAGAGGUUGACCAAACAAAUCGCCGUGGCGAUCACCGAGGCCCUGCAGCCGACCGGCGUCGGCGUGGUCAUCGAGGCAACCCACAUGUGUAUGGUGAUGCGAGGCGUUCAGAAGAUGAACAGUAAAACCGUCACCAGCACCAUGUUGGGAGUUUUCAGGGAAGAUCCAAAAACCCGCGACGAGUUUCUGACGCUGAUCAGAAGCUGAGUAGGAUGAAGCUCUUUCUCCUCUUCCUCACGUUGCCUGGGGUUACCUCCACCUGCAUGGACCAGCUGCCGUGCUACCUGUGUGUGUGUGUGUGUGUGUGUGUGUGUGUGUGUGUGUGUGUGUGUGUGUGUGUGUU